AUGAGGACGAAGUUUGACAGUCCGGCAAAACGUGCUGCAAAGAGGAGGGAACAGCAGAGACAGAAACGCCAUAGCAAGAAGGAGGCAGGUGAUGCACCAAGCAGGCCCCCCACAUCAAAGGAGAAAAACACAACAGAACAUUAUAGUGCUAAUGAUAAGUCAGAUGAUGUACAUGUACCCUACCAGAGCAGCACAUAUUUGAAUAAGACAUCCAACAAUCCUACAACAGAAAAUAGGAUGCAAGGUCGCGGAACAGCUCAUUGGCAUGCUGCAGUACAUGUAAAAGAUGCCCCAAGACUUGAUGUUCAAUCAGAUGAAGAAGUUGCAUCUUUCAUUGAUAAACACAUCUGCUGUUCUCUUCCAAAUGGAACUGUAGACCCUGAACUUCAUGAGCUUGUCAAGUCCCGACAAACCCAUCAUCAUACUUCAAAAUAUCUACUUGACGAAGCCGGAGUUACAUUUGACCAGUACCAGUUUGCACUCAAUAACAAAUGCAAAAAGGUUUCUGUUAUCACGAAGAGAUUGCCGGAUGAAACUAAUGUGAAUAACUACAACUACAACUACAACUACAACUACAAGUCAUUCUUCGUGCCAUUAGAAGUAACAUGGACAUUCAGUUUAUCACAGAUGUAUGGGCAUGUAUCGCUUAUUUGUGUUCAUACAUGUGUAAGCCUGAGCGAGCCAUGUCUGAAAGCCAGCAAAGAAUCUAAUUCAAAACCUAUCCGUGAACAACUCUUCAGCAUUGGUCAGAUCUUCCUCAAAUCUCGGGAAGUAUCAACACACGAAGCUAUAAUACGUCUUCUCCCCCUCUGUCUACGAAAAUCUGAUCUGGAUGUUUCCUACAUUUUAACUGACCUGAAAGAAAACCGAACUCGUCUCAUGAAACCAAUAUCUGUCAUUUCUUCACUGCAUGGGGAUGAUGAAGAUCUCUUUGUUGCUUCUACACAUGACAAAUAUGCUUCAAGACCAUACAUUCUGGAGGACAUAUGUUUAGCAGAAUUUUCUACAACAUAUACAAACGGUCAGAGGAGGAAUGAAGAAGAAGAAGAAACAGAACAACCUGAAAUUGACAUGAACCUGGCAAAUGCAACCAUCACUCUACAGAACAACUUGGGAAAAUUGAGGAAAAGAAAAAGACCUUCUAUACUAAGAUAUCACUUUGUGUCAAGAGAAAAAGACAGUGAGUGCUACUACCACAUAUUUCUCCUCAUGUACUUCCCAUGGAGUGAAGAGGAAUCCCUCCGACACAGAGAUGGAACAUACGAGAGUCGCUUCAAAGAGGUUCAAGAUACUAUUUGUGACACUAUCCAGAAAUAUGAGCCUUUCUCCGCUGAGGUGGAAGAUGUUGUACAGAAUUUUGACCCAAAUGAGGCCGAUGAAGACAUAUGGAAUUUUUACGGAGAACGUGAAAGAGAUAUUCUUGAGAACUCAGAUAUGCCAGAUCCAAACUAUGCUGCUCUUGACCCUGACAACAUUGAUCAACAACCUGAAGAUCGAUCACAUGAACCAUAUGAAACUGAAAGAAAUAUCUCUAUGCUUCCAGACAUUGACUUCUUCUCUCUGAUUUCUACACUCAACCGAAAACAGAAGAUGCUCUUCCAAUUCAUAUAUGAGUGGGCUGUGCACAUUAAACAUGGAUCAACGUCAAGACCUUUCCAUAUUUUUCUGAGCGGAGAAGGAGCGACUGGCAAGAGUCAUUUAGUACAUGCGGUCAGCCAUUGUGUGACUAGAACAUUAAGAGAGGCAGGUAGUGACCCUGACAAACCAACUGUACUGAUUACAGCUCCUACAGGAAAGGCUGCAACGAACAUCAAUGGCACAACCUUGCAUAGUGCAUUUCCACUACCAAUUAGAGACAAUUUUGCCAAAGAGUACAAGAAGCCAUCUUCAGAGCAUUUAGCAAAACUUCACAACAGAUAUGCUAAUUUGAAACUGCUAAUCAUUGAUGAGAUUUCAAUGGUGGGAGGGAGUACAUUAGAGAAUUUGUCUUUGGCUCUUCAGAACAGAGGGUGCCCUUUGGUGGAUUGUCCCUUCUUGUGGUUGGAGAUCUUCUACAGCUUAACCCAGUCGGAGAUAGAGCAGUAUUCAAAUCAUCAACCAAUGAUUAUCAAGCUCUAUAUGGCUCUUUGUGGAAAAGACAUUACAGUCUCCAUGAGUUAA